GGGAAAAGUGUUGACUGAGUAAGGGAAUUCAACGCUGCAGAGAAAUGAAGAGAAGCAUGAAGUGAGACAGACAGCAACAACAUGGAGACCAACAUCUGACACCAGAACCUGCAGGAGAACAUCAGUACCUGCGUGAUGCCUUCACUGACCCAGUUUAAGCAGCAGUGACUGUUAAACCUUCUCAACGUUAGAAAGAGCACCUAUAAAAGAAGGUGAGAUGUGGUUUGUGCUGCAGAGCAAAACAGGAAACAAAUCUGACGUGUAGCAGCACACAAAGAGGAAGAGGAGGGUUUUCCAGUCAGUCAAACUGCUGCUGGUCUGAUUCCAUCCAGCUGCAGAAUGGAGGGAACAUGUGUCCAGAUGCUGCUGGCUCUGAUCUCACUGCUGUGCUGCACAACAAACGGAGCUCGUCUGAACAUCAGUCCCAGCAGAUCUCAGCUGUUUGAAGGAGACUUUGUGUCUCUGAUCUGUGAGGAGGACGACAGCUCUGCUGGAUGGACGGUGAGGAGAAACACCACCAGACAACUGUCUGAGUGUGGAGAUAGAUGGGGGAAAGCAGCUGGUUCAUCCUGUAACAUCAGUGUUGUCUUCACAAGGGACUCUGGAGUUUACUUGUGUGAGUCCAGAGAGGGAGCAACCAGUAACAGCAUCACCCUCACUGUCACUGGUGGAUCAGUGAUCCUGCAGAGUCCUGUCCUCCCUGUGAUGGAGGGAGAUGACCUCACUCUGAGCUGUCAAUCAAAGCCUCCCUCCAACCUCCCAGCUGCUUUCUAUAAAGAUGGCUCCCUCAUCAGGACUGAGUCUACAGGUCACAUGACCCUCCACCAUGUUACCAGGUCUGAUGAAGGUUUCUACAGGUGUAGCAUCAGCAGUCAUGGAGAGUCUCCACCCAGCUGGAUCUCUGUCACAGGUAAACCUACAACCACAACCCCGCCUACUUCCACUGCACCGCCCCUCAUCUCAUCCUCAUCGUCCCUCCAUCUUGUGUUCACUCUGCUCCGUCACCUGCUGGUCUUCUGUCCGUACUUCAUCUCCACCCUCCUCAUGGUGUCUUUAUAUCGACACAGAGACACAGGAAGCGAUCUGCCCGUCUCCAUGGUGAUGACUCCAUCCUCCCAGGCUGAUCAGAGAUUGGAUGAUGACCAUAAUGAUGUCACCACAGAGCAUCAUUUAAACUGAGCUGAACAUCUCAUCUCUCUCUUCUUCUGCUCUUCUUGUCUUCAAACGUUAGAAACCAAAUGUUUCCUGAACUGAGCUCAGCAUCUGUUAAGGAGGCGCUAGCACCCUCCUCAGCUUCAUUUUAACUUUUUUCUGAAGGAGAAUAAAUAUGGACACGUCA